GUAGUCAGUCUUAUAAUACUACUAUCAGUCCAGAUGGUAUUAUUCCAGUUAUAACUAAAGAAGAUGUGAAAUGCUUAAGAUUAAAGAUUGACUGGAUCAGUUCAGAGCAGACUGAAGAUGCUUUGCAUAAUAAUGUAUUAUUUUCACCUUAA